AUGGAAAGAAGCAACGGGCGUCCUGUGCUCCCCGGACAAAGCGAUAAUGUCACCAGCCCCUGCCGCCCUGCAGUCUCAAGCCCCACGCCGCAGAGAGACCCGCCACGGCAGCCUCUCAGCCCAGAACAGGAAGAGUUCGAGCACAGAGGUAGCGUGCAAGUACCCGUAUACCCGACCGUGUCCGCGCUGUUCCCGCACCCGGACGUGCUCGACGCCGCCGAGGCCGAGAUCGCUGACCUGGCCAGGCUGACCACGCCCCACCAAAAGGUGAAGCUGUCGCCGGCCGAGCACGCCGCCAGGUUCACGGGCAUCCUCACGCGCCUCGUCGACCACUCGCAGCCCGCCCACGAAGGCCACUUCCAGGUCUGGCCCAGCCCCGCUGUCAUCGCCGAUUUCUACAUGCGACAGAACUCCGCUACCACGACGCCGCCGGCGCACCAACCGCGGGACGAGCAGCACCACUAUCCUGUCGCUAACUCCCUCCUCAACGCGUCACACAUCACGGCGCUGCAGCACCACUAUCCUGUCGCCAACUCCCUCCUCAACGCGUCACACAUCACGGCGCUGCUGCACGGCUGGCCGCGCGCACGCCGCGAAUUUGCCCUGUUCGUCCGCGACUUCGUGCGCGGCGACCCGGAAGCGCCGGAGCCCGCGCCGCGCGUGCUCGAGCCCAUGCUGACAAUCACCGUGCCGCGGUUUCUUGAUGAUGGCGGCGGCGGCGUCACGGCUGGCCGCACGUGUCGCGUUGAUCGCGCUGCUGCUACGUGCUGGACUGCCACUGCUGAUGAUGAUGAUGGUGAUGAUGGUGAUGAUGGUGAUGAUAGUGAUGAUAGUGAUGAGAUGCGUGAGGCAAUUUAUCCGGACGGUGGUGAUGGUGAUGAUGGUGAUGAUGGUGGUGGUAUUGGUGAAGAUGGAGAGGACUACCACGUUCUGUGGCUGCGCGACAUAGACGUCGUCCCGUCGCUCACGGCCCAACUGGCUGUCCUGUAUGCCCUGUUGCGUUUGUUCCACUUGGAGCAUAACCGUGAACUGUUGGGUCAGAUGGGGACGAGGGAGAAGCUGUUGUUCAAGUUUAGCAAGGGAUGA